GUCACACCUAGGAGGACCGGAGGGAUACAAACACAGCUGCGCCUUUUGUCCCGGCUUGGCUCGGGAGCCAGCUGUGCGCUGAGGUUUCGUUUUUGAAGGACAGUUUCUGCUCGUUCCGAACAGCUGGCAACCCGCUGCCGUCUGAGCUGGGGCUAGCAGCUUGCGGACCUUCGCCCCGGUCUCCCCCCCGGGGCCGAUUAGCCAGGUGCGGAGAGCCGGGACCGGGGGGAUCCAACAUGAGCGUCCAAGACCCCUACAAGAUCUCAGUUAACACCAUCUGCACGGAGCCCAGGGGCCAGUUCGAUCCCUGCACCAACAGGGGGGCAAUUAUCACACAGUCUACGCGCGUGAACCGGCGGAUAAUAGCGAUUAUUUCUGGUCUGGUGGGAACACUGUUGGUUGCCGGAGCUGCCUUUGGUGCCUGGUACCUCCUGAAUAACCAGUCCAAAGACAACAGUGAGAAGGUUGGACUCCACUAUGUGGGAAGCUUGCACAUUAUCAACCAAGAAUUCAUCAGCGAAUAUGGACAGAAUGAGAGUCCAGAGUUUCGAAGCAUAGCUAAGGAUGUCAAUGUGCAGAUCAAGGAAGCAUUUUUGUCGUCAGACAUUGGAUCGUACUACAAUAAAUCAGUAGUCUUCACUUUUGGGAAGGGCAGCCUACUGACAUAUUUCUGGGUGGACUUCCGAGUAAAAACUAGCGAAGAAAAUGAAAUCAACAUUGACUUAGUAAAGGCAUCAAUCAAUGACCUCUUUGAAUCUCAAGGAUCAACAGUUUACCAGAUCCAGCCGGAAUCGACUAAGAUGAGCAAUCUAUUGGAAAAUGAACUUGAGACCCUGAUAUCAGCAGCAGAGUGCCACGAUUAUAACUUCAUCGGCACCGCUGAGAGCACCAUUCUGAGCGGUCCUGACAGCAGCUACAAGAGCUGCCUCUGGCAUCUGCAAGGGCCUGUGGGGCACCUUCUCAAGCUGAGGCUGGAAUGGGUGAAAGACUACUGCAAGGACCGCAUCUUGGUGUUCAACGAGGUCACGGUCAGCCACAUGGACCUCCUCACCUCCCUGUACAAAUGCAACUGGCACGAACCAGCAGUGGAAAUCCUCUCGUCCAGUAACAUCAUGUCCAUUGUCUGGAAGGAGGGACGUUACAGCAGCUCUCAGACCUUCAGAUUCUCAGCACAGGCUCUGCCAAUGCCAGAAUGCUUUGCGAAUAUCACCUUGAGAGAAGAAUGGGGCAUUCAAGGCAAUUGCAGCACGCCGUACUUUCCGAGUUAUUACCCGCCCAAUGCCCACUGUAUUUGGUACUUCACUGUCCCAAGCCUUGACUAUGGAAUCACUUUGUGGUUUGACGGCUACGAACUGGACACACCCUUGUUCAGAGAUCCCUGCUCCCAAGGCCAGUGGAUGAUACAAAACCGAAAGCUGUGCGGAAAGAGACUGCUACAACCGUACGCGGAGAGAAUCUUCGCCGUGGCGCUGACCACAAGAGUGACCUUCAGCUCCGAGGUGAUGCUGACGGGGCCGGGCAUCCAGUUCCAGUACAGCCUCUUCAACCAAUCCGACCCCUGCCCCGAAGGUGUCUUGUGCACGGUGUCUGGUCUCUGCGUACCAGAGUGUGACGGCCUGAAAGACUGCAGCAAUAACGUGGACGAGAACAACUGUGUCUGUCCUGCACAGUAUCUGUGCGACGGGGAGAGCAGCUCCUGCCUCUCGCUUCUCAAGGUCUGCAACCACGUGAGUGACUGUGAAGGAGGGAGUGACGAGGAGAGCUGUAAUGAAGCCGUGCCGUGUAACCUGUUCACCUACAAGUGCGACGACGGCUCCUGUGUGAAGAAGGCAAACCCUCAGUGCGACUAUGAGAAGGACUGUGAGGACGGCAGUGACGAGCGGACCUGUGAAUGUGGCCUUCAGACGAGCAAGAGCCGAAUUGUCGGCGGGACCAAUUCGACGGAGGGUGAGUGGCCUUGGCAAGCUAGCCUGCAGCUCUACGGCCAUCACAUCUGCGGAGGAAUGUUGAUCAACGAACACUGGGUGCUCUCCGCAGCCCACUGCUUCCCCGGCAGUUAUUCACCGCCAGAAUUUUGGACGGUCUAUCUUGGCAAGUUCAAGCUGAACACCGUGGGGAGUAACGAGCUCAGCUUCAAGGUAGAGAGGAUCAUCAUCCACCCUUACUACGAUGAAGAAACGUACAACAAUGACGCGGCCCUCCUCAAGUUGGACCAGCCCGUGCCCCUUGCGCCAACCAUCUCUCCAAUCUGCCUCCCUGCCACGACGCACGUCUUCGAAGCAGGCCAGCUGUGCUGGGUCACAGGCUGGGGGGCGACUGAGGAAGAAGGUCCAGUAGAAGAUGUUCUUCAGAAAGUGGACGUGAAGCUGGUGGAUCAGUCAGCUUGUAAUGAAGCGUACUCCUACAGCAUCACCCCCCAGAUGAUAUGCGCUGGUUACCCAGAGGGGAAGAAAGACUCCUGCCAGGGUGACUCCGGAGGACCGCUGGUGUGCGCGGAGCCGAGCGGUAGGUGGUUCCUGGCUGGGAUUGUGAGCUUUGGUUACGGCUGUGCCCAGCCGAAGUACUACGGCGUUUACUCACGAGUCACCAGAUUGAUCACCUGGAUUCGCAGCGUCACCUCGUAACCAAAGCGGAUCCGCUCGUGCGGGAGGCUGACCGUCAGUGGUGAUGUCACGGGGACCAUUCUGACGCACCACAACACUCAGCAGCUUUUGAUGAUGUCAGCACGAGAAGGCCAGCACUCUGCAACUUUUGAUGACAUCAGCAUGGGAUGCCCAGUGUGACUUUUGUAAAUACACUAUGAGGUCGAUAAGGCGGGAGUUGGGACCUUUAUGUAGAAAUUUCUCCAUCUAUAUUUUGGUGGGGUGGGGGGGUUGUGCAGUUCAGGGUAAAGAAUUUUAGGAACCAAGAUAAUAUUAGAGUUGUUUACCACUACUGGACCCACCAAUACCCAGGGCACUGGAUACCAUCAUAAACAGACUGGGGGGUGGGGGGAGAGUGGAAGGUUAGGGUCACCAACCCAGUCAGGGCUAACUCAUGUCCAAUCUGUUGCUCCUGAGCUUUGUUUUGUCACCCGCUGCACUGGCAACAUUGGGUUUUGCAAAUUGCCCCCUCACCCACCCCCUCCCCCCAACGCCAGGAUUGCGUGCUCGGUAUGGGAUCCUGCUGUGCACAGAAACAUCUCGUCCCCGUGGCCCCCCCAGUCCUCUUCGAGAAGGAUGUCCCUGCCUUGAAUAGGCUUCGGGACAUCACAAGGCUGUAAAAAGCAGCCUUCCUGCACCCUUCCCCCAGGGAGCUUCGAGGUGUUUGACUGCAGCCUCUAGCGGCACGGCAUAGAGGCACAUUUCAUUCCAACAGAGGCCACUCUUCCCCUUGACCCAAAACUGGCAGUUUGGAAUAUCCACCACUUCCUUAUCCCACACACCCAAAGGUUUCAAACCUCUCUCUCUCUUUGAAAGUCCCUAUUUAAUCUACUUCUACAGUCCUUUCAGCAGUUAUCCCGAAACUUUUCCCAUCUUCCCUCCACAUCUCUUGUCAGUUGUCUUAAAUUUGCCCCAUCUGGUACUGCCUUGGGAAGGUCAGUAACCAAUUCCCUUUCACGCUUCUGUUAAAUCAAAGUUCAAGGUAAAUCUAAUAUGAAAGUGCAAAUAUGUCAUCCUGGGGUCCAUAUGCUUGUGAGCAUUCACAGCGAAUACAGGAAACAAAAUAUAAUCAGUGAAAGACUGCCCCGAUAAGGGCGUUGACUCAGACUCUGCAAAUACAAAAAUAAAGAAAUAAUAAUAAUGAAUAAUAUGUCGAGAAUGUAAGAUGAAGAGUCCUUGAAAGGGAGUCCGUAGGUUGUGGGAGUGGUUCAGUGAUGGGGUGAGUGAAGUUAUCCCCUCUGGUUCAGAAGGCUGAUGGCUGAGGGGUAAUAACUGUUCCUGAACCUGCUGGGUCCUGGGGCUCCUGUACCACCUUGCUGAUGGCAGCAGUGAGACGAGAGCAUGGCCUGGGUGGUGGUGGGUGGUGUGGGUCCCUGAUGAUGGGUGCUGCUUUCCUGCGACAGUGUCUCAUGUAGAUGUGCUCAGUGGUGGGGAGACUUUAUUCAUGAUGGACCUGGCCGUAUCCACUACUUUUUGGGUGGGAUCAUGCUAAAGUCAAUGGUUCGGAAGUUCAAAGUAAAUUUAUUAUCAGAGUACAUAUACGUCACCAUAUACGACCCUAAGAUUCAUUUUCCUGUGGGCAUUCACAGUAAAUCCAAGAAACACUAUAGACUCAAUGAAAAGCCACACACAAGACGGGCAAACAACCAAUGUACAAAAGGCAACAAACAAUACG